CUCGGCUUCUUCCCUUCACCCGCGUGCUGAUUGAGUUCACAUUAAACUUUACAGAUUUACUGUCAGUUUAAAGCCGUUUAAAGAAUCUUCAGUAAAUAAAAAGGUGACAUGUCUGAGGACCUACAGCACAUCCUGUCUCAGCUCACACUCCCUGAUAAUGACGCUAUACAGAAGGCUACUGCUCAGUUAAAACAGGCUUUUAAAGACCCGAAUAUAAUCCCAGCUCUAUGUGCAGUUAUGACCAGCUCCACAAACCCACAGAUCAGACAGUCAGCUGUGGUGAUGUUGAGAAUGCGAGUCAAAAAGCACUGGAAGAAAAUUGCUCCUGAUCACAGAGAGAGUCUGAAGCAAGUGGUCCUGCAAGCUUUCCUGCAGGAAACAGAACACACAGUUCGCUACUCUCUCUCUCAGCUGAGUGCAGUGAUGGUGAAACAUGAGACACCUGACCGCUGGCCUGCACUCUUUACACUGCUGACUGAAUCCACCAGCAGCAACAAUCCUCAGGACAGGCAGGUGGGCUUGUUGUUGCUGAGUAAAGUUGUGGAGUCGAACCCCGAGCCCUUUAAACCUCACUACAAGCAGCUGCUGCAGCUGUUUAAUGUCGUGCUCCAGGACGUAACCAACACCACGGCCUUGUAUUACUGCAUCCUCACCCUCACUGCCAUCACAGCUUACACUGGCACAGAGGAGAUGAACCUGAUGCGCUCCUUAAUCCCCAAACUGUUAAUUGCCCUCAAACACCUCAUUCAGGCUGACCAGGUUCAGGCCAGUGAGGCCAUGGAGGUGUUUGACGAGUUGAUGGAGAGUGAGGUCUCUAUCGUGGUCCCACACAUUACUGAAAUCGUUCACUUCUGUAUGGAGGUGAGCUCAGAUGUUUCACUCGACAAUUCUCUGCGUGUCAAGGCCUUGUCCUGUAUCGCUCUCCUCAUUAGACUCAAGAGCAAGGCCGUGUUAAAGCAGAAGCUUUUGGCACCUAUCUUACAAGUGGUGUUUCCGAUUUUGAGCGCAACACCUCCACCUGGAGAGGAGGAUCCUGAGGAUACGGAGAGUGCAGAAGGUGAUGGUGACACUGAGAGUCCCAAACACUUUGCUGCUCAGGUGAUCGACACGAUGGCUCUUCACAUGCCACCUGAAAAACUUUUCAACCAAGUGAUGCCCCUGACUCAGGCCUGCCUGUCGAGCCAGAACGCUUACGAGAGGAAGGGCGGUCUCAUGUGUCUCGCCGUGCUCGCAGAGGGUUGUGCAGAUCACAUUCGCACUAAGUUGCUGUCGUCCAUGCUGGAGACGGUGUGCCGCAGUCUGUCUGACAGUAACCAGGUGGUGCGCAGCGCAGCCCUUUUCGCUCUGGGGCAGUUCUCUGAGUAUCUGCAGCCUGAAGUCAGUAAAUAUCACGCAGAGCUGAUGCCACUGUUACUAGGAUACCUGUCUUCUCUAAACGAGGCCCGAAUCGGCCACGUCACCAAGGCUUUCUACGCUCUGGAGAACUUCAUAGAGAACCUGGAUGAUGAUAUUCAUUCUUACUUGCCCACGCUGAUGGAGACCAUGCUGUCAGCCCUGAACAACACAGUUAACCUGAAGCUUAAGGAACUUGCUGUCAGUGCUAUAGGAGCCAUCGCUAACGCCGCCAAAGAGAUGUUGGUGCCGUAUUUCCCUCCUGUAAUAGAGAGCUUGAAGGGCUUCCUGACAGACACGCGAGAUGAAAUGAGAUCAUUGCAGACCCAGGCCUUAGAUACUCUGUCUGUGUUGGCUCGCACUGUGGGGAAGGAUGUGUUUGGCCCGUUAGCUGCAGAGUGUGUGCAGCUGGGUCUGAACCUUACUGAUGCUGUGGAUGAUCCAGAUCUGCGGCGCUGCACGUACAGCUUGUUCUCAGCUGUGUCCACAAUCAGUCCAGAAAGUGUUGAUCCUCAUCUUUCUGCCAUCACCACGUUGAUGCUCAUGUCCCUAAGAUCUACAGAGGGUGUUAAGACUCAUCUAGAGGAGGACAAGCAGUUUGUUCUCUUGGAUGAUGAUGAUGGUGAGGAUGAAGGUGAUGUUGUAUUGGAGGAAGAUGGAGAGAAUGAGGUGGAGGAUGUUGCUGGCUUCACUGUAGAAAACUCUUACAUUGAUGAGAAGGAGGACGCUUGUGAAGCUCUUGGGGAAAUCGCCUUUAACACCAGUGCUGCGUUCCAGUCCUACCUGGAGUCAAGCUUUCAGCAGGUCUAUGGUCUCUGUGAUUUUCCCCAUGAGAAUGUGAGGAGAGCAGCGUUCGGUGCCCUCGGCCAGUUCUGUCGAGCUCAGCACAAAGUGUGGCAGGACAAUCCGACUGAGGCAAAUCGUCAGGCGUUACAUAAACUGCUCGACGUGGUGAUGCCCUGCUUCCUGGAGGCAGUGAAGAAGGACCGUGAGCGACAAGUGGUCAUGGGAGUGCUGGAGGCCAUGAACAGUGUCAUCAAAUCAUGCAAGGGGGAGGCGUUACAGACACCACAGAGACUGGCUGAGGUCAGCCAUGCCAUUCGAGACGUGCUGAAGAAGAAGACCGUGUGUCAGGAUGGAGGAGGAGAUGAAGGAGACGAUGAAGAACAGGCUGAGUAUGACGCCAUGCUGCAGGAGUUUGCUGGGGAGGGAAUUCCUGUUCUGGCUUCAGUUGUACCUGCAGAAACCUUUUACUCUCACCUCAAUGAUCUACUGCCACUGAUUAUGAACAAAGCCAAGCCUUCCUGCACCGUGGCAGACCGCUCCUUCUCUGUAGGAACACUUAGCGAGACCCUGCACUCUCUGGCUGCUGUGUCUGGGGGUAGAGCUGUGGCAGGAAAGUUGUCCAAUCGGCUGCUGCCGGUGCUUGUGGGUGGUGUUAAAGACAGUGACGCAGAGGUGCGCAAUAACAGCGUGUUCGGCUUGGGAGCUCUAGCGGAGGCUGCUGGACCCAUCGUCUCCUCUAAUUACCCAAUGAUGCUGUCUCUCUUCUCUAACCUGCUGGUCAGAGAGUCAGACAGGAGAGUGAUUGAUAACUUGUGUGCUGCACUUUGCCGGAUGAUCAUGAGCCACAUCGAGGGAGUGCCGCUGGAGCAGGUGCUUCCUGCUCUUCUGGAACGUCUCCCUCUGAAGGAAGACCUUGAGGAAAAUAAGACGGUCUACAGCUGCCUGGCUUUCCUCUAUUCCCGUAACCCGGCCCUGGUUGUUAGCCAUCUGAAGCCGGUCCUGUCCGCUGCGGUACAAGUAAUAGGAACAAAGGAUAUGGAUGCAGACGCCCAGAACAGCCUUGUCGUGUUGCUCAGAGACAUCAGCAAACGAUACUCCCAGGAAUUCGAGAGCGCUGCCAUGUCCCUUCCAGCCGAGCAACGGACAAAGAUGAUCGCGUCUGUUGCUGAAUCCUAGUCAAAGAUCUUCCCUCAAAAGCUUUUUUUUUGUGCUACAGUUUACGUUAACCAUCAAAGUCACUUCUAUACACUUCAGCACUUCCAUUUACGAUUUUUUUUUGCAGCGUAUAAUUUAUUUGUGUUAUAGCUGUUACACUGUGGACACUAGUUUGAAAUGCAUCCCUCAAAGACUCAUGAUGUCAUUCUCAGAUGUUUAGCGUUUCUCUGUAAAGGAUCAUCAUCACUACUGCAACGUAAGAUGGUUAUAUAAAGGAAUAAAAGCUGUGGAAGCAUCUGGAUGUGUAGAAGCUCUUACUGAGAUCAGCAUGGACACAAAGCAUGUAGAGAAGAACUUUAUUAGUUUAAUCAAACUAUUUAUAUAGUUUAAUCUUCACUAAAAAGCCACCGCUUUAGUUUUCUAUACAAUCAGCUGUUUAGUAUUUGAAAUAUAUUUAUCAUGAAGUAUUAGUGAUCAUUGCUGCUCUAUUUUUCCAUGCAGUUAUUAGUGGUCGACUGUAACCACUUUGGAAAUGGGACUUUGUAAGGAUUUAACACGUAAACAAGAACGUAAUAAAAUCCCUGAUAAUCUCCAUAA